AUGGUUGGCGAAGAGGAGACCACGCGCGGCAGCUUCCACGUCGUGUACGUGCCCGCCGAUGAGCGCAAGGAGCUGGAGGAGUGGGCGGUGGCGCUGCCCCAGGACAAGGAGGCGCAGCUCGGCUGCCUGACGGAGCGGCUGCGCGCGCACUUCAAGGCGGGGGCCACGAACGCGUCCCAGCAGCAGCAGGAGGAGACGUUCAAGCAGCAACUGCUCGCGCAGCUGCCCAAGGGCGCCGCCAUGACGGACGAGAUGCUGCAGAUGAUGCUGCAGAUGGACAGCCUCGUGGACUCGAUCCCGCUCGUGCUCAACUCGCCCGACGCCAAGCACGUGGGCGUCAACAUGUACGUGGACGACAAGGGCACGGCCAAGGCGCUGCCCACGAACGUGCGCGCCUCGGCCAUCGCCCAGGCGUGUGGCAAGAUGCUGGAGGUCAAGGGAGACGCGUUCAUUGGACGGGUGUUUGAUAACGACGACGACUUUGUGCGCAUGGACUUCCGCUUGAGUGAAGUGUCGGGUGACGCUCCGUGGGUGCAGCAGGGCAAGCAGCAGGCUGCUGCUGCUGCUGCGGGCAAUGGAGGCGCGGCGGCGGGGGCUGCGCUGGCCAGGGCGAAGGCCCCGGCGAAGAUGAUGCUGCCUGGAUCUAUCCAGCGCAUUUGCGGUGCUGACCGCUGCUCGAAGAACGGCACGCUGCGGUGCUCGAGAUGCAAGGCGCAGUUCUACUGCAGUCCGGAGUGCCAGAAGGCGGACUGGAAACUGCACAAGAUCGGGUGCAAGAAAUGA